CAAAAUGUCCGACGUCUUCUCGAAUCAAGAUAGGAAUUUUCACUGUCAGAGGCUUCAUUCUUGGCACGAUUAGGAAGAGAUACCUGACAUUUGCUAUGAUCUUCAGUGCUGCUUACUUUGAGUCAUUUGUAAUUCACGAAUAUCUACGUUUUCACUCGAAAUUUUAGCAACGUUGUGACGGGAUUUUCUUCAACACGCAUAUUGAGUUGCUUUGUAACAUCCUCUCCUUAUUCUCCUGUUUGUUAUGGCAAUAUAUUGUUUUUAGUUGAGAUUUUCACUAUUUUAUGUGAACUCUAUCAAUGUCUUGACGGUGGAUAACAUGGGUAAAAGAAGAGGUGCUCGAAAGGUUUCUUCGGCGAGGAAGCCCGCUGACAGCGAGAGAUUAACAGAUAAUAAUAAUGAGCAAUCAGGAUCCUCACCAGUUGAUUGGCUGUCUUCAAUACAUAGCCAUAAUGGAAGUCCUAAAGAAAGUCAUAAUAUGCCAAACCUAGAAGUCAAAUUAAAAAAGUUGGAUUCAAAUGAUUUGCUUGACUCUAAAUAUUUCCAGCCUACAGAAGAUUCUAACUACCACAAUGAUAACUCACCAACCAACUCUGGAUUAAAAACAUCUAGUUUUUAUGGAAGCAAAAUGCCAUCCUUUCAGUUAGCAUUAAGAAAGACGCCCUAUGUUGUUACAGAACAACUAGUGCAAAAGGAUUUGAUUAAGAAAAAUGGACAACAUAAAACAAAGAGUACGAAAAGGAAACAUCCAAGUCCAAAGAAUUCUAAAAACUGUGUAGCAAAGAGAGCUAAAAGAGACAAUUCAUCUAACAAAAAGGAUAAAAAUGCUUCAUCCCACUAUAAUAWUUCUUGUAAUGGUUAUAUUAAUAAGAGUGAAUCUGAAAGUAAUGUCAAUGAAAAAUGUGAAGAUACAAUACUUGACAUAAUCACACCGGAUUCAUCYCCAUCUGAUACUGACAAUGUUUCUAUUCACACCUCAAAUGGAACAGAUAUGGAAUUAAGUGAAAACUCAUCUCUAAAAGAAGGAGAUCAUGAGAUUAACCCAAAAGCACAAGAUGUAUUUUCUGAUCUUGGAUCAUUACAUUCAGAAGACAGUCUUKUAAGUGGUCAUGGCUCUUUAAGGUCUAGUAGACUCAUCAAGGGUGAUAAUGGAGAAUACUAUUUUUCAAAUUCUAAUGAAAGUUCACCAGACCUGACAAAAAAUGGACCAUCAAUGGUUUUUCACACUCCCAUAAGUAGCAGAGGCUCACCAGAAUCUGAAUCCAGUUCAUUAGGAAGCAAAGAGAAAGSMAUAUUUUUGUUUGGGAAGGAUUCUGAUGGUAGUAGCUAUAGUCCUAGUUGUAAUUCAAGCAAAUCUCCAUCACCAGAACAUCAAACAUCAAUAACUAGCUUUUUUAAGAGUACUUCCAAAGAAGGAAAUAGCGUUGGCUCAAAGUCCAAGAAAGUUGAAAGGUCUAAAAGGUCAAAGAAGAUGGAACAGAUGUAUUUGGACCUGGGGCAAAGGAAUUUUGGACAUGUAACAUGUACAACCUGUGGUAUGGURUACACCCACGCACAACCAGAUGAUGAAGUUGAACAUAUUCGUCAUCACAAGAAAUUUGUCAAUGGUCUGAGAUUUAAUGGGUGGAAGGAUGAGCAUGUUGUUAAGGAGUUCAGUGAUGGUAGGAUUAUUAUGAUCAAACCAGAUGAUCAUCCAUCACAUCAAAAAAAGGCUGAAGAGAUAAGGAAGGUAGUUGACAGUGAGCUAGGAUUUGCUGUUGACUUGCCCUACAGAAAAAAUGAAUCUAAGACAUUUCUAUUUAUUGCUAAUAAGCGUGUAGUUGGUUGUUGCGUAGCAACACAGAUUGACAAGGGUUAUCCAGUACUUCCAAGUACACCAAAUAAAGACUCCACUCCAGAUCGUCAGAUUGCAGCCUGGUGCUGUAGCACUGUACCUGUGCCUGCACAGUGUGGUAUUAGUAAGAUUUGGGUCUGGAAUCAGUACAGAAGGAAAAAAGUAGCAACAAGACUUAUAGAAUGUGUCAGAACUCAUUUCAUUUAUGGAUGUGUGAUUUCAAAGGAUGUUCUAGCAUUUUCCGACCCCACCCCUGAUGGUAAAAGACUUGCUACUGCCUACGUUGGUACUCCGGAAUUUUUAGUAUUUCACUAACAACUACAAAGAUUUUUAUCAGAUUACCAUAAUUAUAUAUUUUUGUAUAUUGUAUUUUUAUUUUACAUACCUUUGUUGUAUUGGGAAUUUAUAGCAUUUUAGAUUUGUGUUUGAUAACAUCUCGUGUAAAGAUUUCUCAUUAUCAACAAUAAACAUU